UGGAGCCCUGUUUUAUGGUUUCGUUGACGUCAAAGUUUUUUCAAGCCCAUGGUGGGACGAUGAUGCAAGCGCUUCUCGAUGCAAGUUUUCUGCAAAUCGACCACGAAGUAGCUUGCGAGUCUGUAUUGAUAAGAAACGCAAAAAUAAUGUCGGAUUCGUUGUAUGAGUAUGAAACCCUAGAUUACUCCUGUUUGACCUAUUGCUAUUAAGAAGUUGCGGAAAAAAGUCUUGCCAAGUGUCCCAAAAUAACUGUACAAGCUUCACAAACGAAUCUCUUGCUGAAACGCAAAUAAAAAGCAAUCCGAAGUUGAAUUGAUCUUGUAAACGUUAUGGAUUAAUAAGCCACGACAUUCCGCGAAAACCAAAGUAACUUACCGAGUUGCAAGUACAGCACUCUGUCAAACAAUUUGAGUAGUGAGGAAGAGCACCUUCCCACUAGAUCCAAAGCGAUCUUGGAAAUUCAAAGGCUGAUGAUGUACAACUAGAUAUAUUAUCAAUUUCAACGUGUAUCUCCGAAAAGUACAUACAAUUCCAAAGCAAAUUUUCACCAAUCAAAAACGAAGAUCCAAAAGAGGUGCAUUUUUUUCACAUCAAAGCACGACUAGGUGUCGAUUGCGAUCAGACCGGCGCGUCCAAAGCGAUCGCCAAGUCACGAAUUCCGAUGAGUCGUUGCUUUCUCUACCGAUAAUCUUUUUAAAAUUCUGUUGCAAAUGAAUUAAGCGCACGAAUCCUUUUUUUUUUGUAUUUUUUCCGCAGCAAUGACUGCUUCAAAUUCAAAACCCCGCACGAGGUCCUCCGCUGUGGAGCGAAAGCAAAUUUAUCACCAGGGCAACGCAAUUGCUUUACGACGACCACAGGAACGGGGUUUUUGCGAUCAUUGGAGUGGGCGACGAAGAAAGGCCCAUUCGAGCCGGAGCUCGACCACAGAAGGGCGCUUUUUUUCCGAAAAUUAUUUUCCCGGUUACGUAAGAAGUGUGUGCGGGUUGAAAAGCUGCUCAAGAGCGCGCAGCUGGACGCACCUAGCAGAACUAUUUUUCGCCCGAAGGAAACGCCGGAAGCGAUGGCGCAUCGACUCCGCGCGCACCACAGAAACUGUAACAGAGGAGCCUACGCAUCUGCAGCCGCGGUUUAUUAUCUCCCCACACACAAUACGACUUUUGAACAUAUCGGCACGUCGUGCGAGGACGAGGAGUAUCAUGCCUACAACGACCAGCUACUUUUUUCAGCCGGUGUUCCUGUUCAUCGUUCUGCAGCUUCUUGUCCCCCGUCCGUCAGACGCUAAUUACGGAUUUUACACUAUUCUGAGUAAAAACGUACCCACACCAGAGUCAGGAUGGGGAUUUUGCAACACAAACCUAGGAGUUUUGUGAGUCACGCAUGACAAGUUUCAUUCCGUAAGGUAGUGCAAGUUAGCAAGGAAAGCCGCAUCACAAAUCGAUCUGCUGAUCCUGUUUACAGCAUUACAAGUUCCCAAACACGAUUGAAAAUGCCUGUCAUGGGGUUGCGCAUCACAAAUGUUCCUGUCAUGGCAAAGUCGCAUGACAACUCUGGUGUGGGUACGUUUUUACUCAGAAUAUACACGUUUUCGUCUGCGAUGAAGAUGAAGGACACCAUAUUCUGCGUAAAAAUGUACCUACAACUUGAUCAAGAUGGAAAAUCUGCUACACAAAUCAAGUACUCUUGAGAUUCACGCGGGAGCAGUUUAGGUCCACAGCAGACGUGUGUUUAGCUUUACAGAAGGCCGCAUUUUUUUGCCAUAUCGAGUAAGAUGCGCUCGCAGGGGAAACCGCAUGAGACACCCGCCAUACAUUUCAGAUUGGCAUGACGAAUAUAGGGUAGGUGCGUUUUUAGAGAGGAUACGCGAUCAAAAUGCGGGAAUACGAGCACGUUAUGAGAACUGUGGUUUCAAAUCUGAACGCAACUGCAAGUGCAGCCUCUGCAGCACGGGUUUCUGCAUUUUCGACGGCGACCUACCCGCUGCAAAAGUAACGUAUUCGUAUAAAUUCAAAGUGCAGUCUCGCAUGGCAGAUCUUUUCCGCUACCUGAAUCUGCAUUAAUUACAAAUUCCAUUUUCUUCCUUGCCGGAAAAUUUAUUUUCGUGCGAUUUAAUACACUACUAGUGCGAUGCUUUUGCCAUGUAUACGACCACGACGACUACAACGACGACCAUCGACGUGGCUAAAUCUUCCGACGAGGACUUUUUGGCAAGUGGUUCGAUUUCCAUAUGAAAUUGCAAAAAAAAACUCUUUUACCCCCGCCAGUUCAUGACCUGAAGGAGCAAAAUAAAGAGUGCAGUCACUUCUGCAUGAUGAAUCAUUUCCGUACGGACUCAUGUUAUAUUGGGAGUGCUCCUCCUGCAGUUUAUCGAUUUCAGGCAAGGCAGUCCUGCUCAAGGCCAACAGGGGCUGAUGCGCAAAUACUAUUCUGCAUGACAAUGACAAGGCAACAAACUCCUGUGCUUUCUUUCGUCCGUUCGGCAUGACAACCGUGGGGUACGACGGGGAGUUGCGCAGAAUAUUCCAUGGCAAGUAUCGGCGAGGACCCAAGUAAAGACCACCACUACGCAACUGCUCCUCAUCAAGACCAAGAAUUUUUGGAUGCCGGCCCAACGGGUGCCGUCGACCGAGAAACUGCGACCACUUCCACGUAUGGUUUUGGGCCAGAAGCGGACGUGCAGCCGGAUGAAAAUCAAAAUGGGGCUCUUUCUCUGUCUUCUGGAGCUACAGUUUCUUCGUUUCUGGCCUCGACUUCUGCCGGGGAACCCCAGUGUGCCGACAGUGCGUACACGUCCAACACCUGCGGCCCCCGCACGGACGAGUGUUUCUCGGUGUGCGGCGUCCCCCCGGACGGGGGCGGGCACCUCGACCGGUUUGCUGGGUGGUGCCAAGCCUGCGUGGGGACUGUUAACAACCGUAAAGUGGCGGGGGCAUGUUGCCGCAGGGACGGCAAGGACACGUACGACCCCGACGCGUGUCGCUACAGUGGGAUCACCUUCAAGCACACGAACUAUCACGAGUGCGUCGCAGUACCGGGCUGCUUGGCGGAAGCAGAAGUUGCGAUUUCCGGGCGCGUGACAAUUUCGUAUGGGCCAUCAACAGGAUCGCAAGGUGCUCUCAAGUCACGAGCUUUUUGUGCGCGGGCACCGAACCAGCAGUGCCAGGACCUCACGGCGGCGCAAGAUUUCACGACUGCUACCGGGAAUGCUUCGUGCUUCAAGAAGAACGUCGGGAGGAAACCGGGUUCGGUAUCUGGCACUAAAAUAGCCUGGUGCCGACAGCAGUGCAAUGCUUUGCCGGGGUGCAACUUUUUUUCAUACAGCCAUGCACCGACCGUCGGCGGAUGCUUUCUUUUUGACGCCUGCCCUGACCGGUACGGCGCCCCUUACUUCGAUAGCUCCCCCUUCAAGACAUACGAAUGCACGCCCUAUCAGCGGUGCAAAGAUUGGGAAGAGUCCGGGACGCUGAUAUGCCCGACCGGUCACAGGUACGACAGUUCCCGCGACGACGUGCGAUGCGCCGGCGAUAUCUGCACACAGGCCGCAGACGAGCACACGUGCUGCGUUCCUCUGUGCAACUGCGGCUCGGUUGUUGCCAAUGGGGUACGGACCUAUUAUCCCUGGAAAGCCAGCAAAAACGCGAAUUCGCCCUGCACAGAAACCAACCCGACGGAAGCGAAUUGCCGUGCCUUUUGCUGUCAAACCGGAUGCCAGGAGCCGGCUGAGGCGGACCAGGAGAAGUUCGCGAGCGGUCUAAUGCUGAACACCAUAGACUGGCCGGUGACGACGAUGAGUGUCGCACCGAGCGCGGCCUGGUCGCAGAACCUGGCUUGCCAUACCGACUACGUGCGCGACUCCACAAAAGACAACCAGAACGCGCGGUGCGACCCGGCCAAUAGUCCGCUGCAGUUGCAGGGAUGCAACCCCGCGGUGUGUGCGUGCUCUCACGGCCAGCCGGGAGGCUCUUGUCCGCAGUGGGCCACGCAGCGCUGCGAGCCGGGGUCCUGCGACACUGAUAGCUUCUACUUUUACCGCGGAAAUUACCCCACUGUCAACAAGCCGUCCUCGACGAGGUUCACGCAGUUCCGCCAGUCGUCCUGCUGGCCGAGAUGCACCCAAGCGGGGGUCUGCCAGAAGGUAAACGGCCGGCACUACCUUUUGAAAGACUCCACGGAGCCGUGGCACUCGGCGUCCACAGUACCUGCAAAUUUUCAAGACAUCUGCUGCCAUGCAGGCUGUACGAUUCCAGCUGCGGCCGCGCAAGACAGGUUUGUUUUGGACAGCAUCACCACCUAUUGAGUCGACGCACUGUGAGGAGACAUAGAUAUCUACUUCCAUUGUGAUCAAUGACACUUGUUCUAUCUGUUUUCGCGCGCAGUUGGUAAUAUAUAAUUCCUGAUGUGCAUUUUUCCUGUCACGCAGCUGCCAUCACCACGUUGAUGGAAAAAAGUGUCGGGAGAAGCAACUGUUUCUGCGUGAAGUGAAUUGCUCUCCCUUAUUCGAAUAGAACCUUGACUUUUUCUUGUAAUGUACUACUUAUUGCAGCUUCGCGUCGCAGAAUUGGGAGGUGGAAACGGCAACGAUGAUGCCGGGCGCGACCUGGAGCCGCAACUAUGAGUGUCACGUCGACUAUGAGCGGGACUCGACGUAUGACAACGCGAACGCCCGGUGCAAUCCGGCCACCAGCCUGGCGAUGGAGCUCCGCGGGUGCGUGAUGGCGCAGUGCGUCUGCCACCACGGCAGCGCGACGGCCGAGUCCGAGUGCCCCGUGUGGGGCACGGAGAUGUGCUUAGACACCAGCUGCGACACCGCGAAUUACUAUUUUUACCGUCCGAAUUUCCCCAUGACCACCCUGCCCGAGAGCACGCGCAAGACCAGCGCGUUUCAACAGGCGUCCUGCUGGCCCAAGUGUACCCAGGCAGGGGUCUGCGCCCAGCAUAACGACGUCUACUACAUUUUGCGGGACAGUGCGGAGUCCUGGGGCGCUACCAGGGACGCGCCGGCGGAUUUUCGUGACAUCUGCUGCCACACGGGGUGCAAGGUGCCCAGCGCGGAGGAUCAGGAAAAGUAGAACUGUGUUAAUUCGCUGCGACAGGAGAAUCUGCGUUUGCAUAAGAAACUCGAAUGCUCUCCUCGUAAAAAGGCCGUUCUGAUUGAUAUGUUCCGCGAUCCUCUUUCAACGAGACAGGACCGCACGCUGUCUUUGUCUUUUUUGUGACCGCGGCGAAACAUCACGCGGAACUGACCGAAAGUCAUUGACUUGUGUUGCAUGCUGAGUCAAUUAUUCAAGAGGAAUAGACUGAAAAAUCAAGAGGAACCAAAUGUGUUGCAUGCUAAAGACCAUCGGCGCUUUUGAUCAGGUCGUGGUUAUUCAUGGAUGAUUACUCAAAAAGCGACCCGCUCAUAUCAGGUUUGCCGCGCAAAAUUGGAACACAGAGACCUCUACGAUGCUGCCGGCAGACAGCUGGAGCCGAAACUAUGACUGUCAUGUGGACUUCGAGCGCGACUCUGCCGUGGAUCAUGCGAACGCGCAGUGCUGGAUAUGCAAUACAAAUCUAAUAUCGUAAUCGUGCGAAUUGAAAUUGCAUUGCAAAAUUUCAUUUGCUCUUGUUCUUUGAGAGGUUUAACCUUCAACGUGUACUGCCCGCAAGGCAUAGAAACGCGUCCCGUCAUGCAAUAAUCGCAUUUUUUACGAAUGCAAUGCUUGAGCUCCGGAUACCAACCAAGCGCCAGCGAGAGAAUGAAGCUCCGCGGCUGCGAAGUCGCACCCUGCGUCUGCUCUCACGGCUCGCACACAGCCGCCGUAAAUUGUCCAGCGUGGGGCAAAGAAAUGUGUGUAGCGAACAGCUGCGACGUAUGCAAGCAAGAAUCAAGGUGUGCGAUCUAGUUCCAAGGGUCAGUGCUAUUGCAGGGUAUGGGGACGGCGCAGAUGAGCAAAGCACGGUGACCACGACUCUAGGAGUCAUCUUCUCUUCGCAUCAAACAAUAGCGCGCAAUCUCACUUGCGCAGACAAUUGUCUCUCUGUGGAACUACGACAACACCAAUUGCGCUUUCAUACACCGAGGACAAUUUCUACUUCUUCCGGCCCAAUUGGCCGGUUGCCACGCCGCCGAGCGGAACGCGGUACCCGCCAUCUUUCCAGCAGGCGUCUUGCUGGCCCCGCUGCACCCAGAGUGGGGUUUGCCAGAAGCACGAGGGAGUUUACUACAUGCUUCGUGACAGCACCCAGCCGUGGGGUGCCUCGAAGCAGGUGCCGAGCAGCUUCAGGGACACGUGCUGCCACACCGGCUGCAAGGUGCCCACAGCCGCUGCGCAGAAGAAGUAUUUUUGGACAAGCUCGCUUCAUGAUAAGAAGAGAUGGUUCAACUGUUGCAUCAGGGACUUUGGCAAAGUACGGAGGUGGUGUAGAGAACGAAUGUAGACCGGAAGUAAGCAUCAAAGAAUUUUCAAAGCAGAAAGUUAAUUCUGUUCUUUUACAUGAUGGAGUUUGAAAAAAUCGAGCAUUAGGAAGGUUCAAUUUGCGCCGACACAUGAAACUAUGAUCAUUGCUUCACGGUGCCAGAAAUUCCCUCCAGGUUCGCCUCACAGGAUUGGGAGUUCCAGACUUCGACCAUGAUGCCGGCCCCUUCCUGGAGCCGCAACUACGACUGUCACGCAGACUACGAGCGGGACCCGGCCAAGGAGAGCUUGAACGCAAAGUGCGACCCGGGUUCGCAUUCCGAGAUGCAGCUGCAGGGCUGCGAGCUGUCGCAGUGCGUCUGCGAGCACGGGUCCCACGUCUCUAUGCCCGAGUGCCCGGUGUGGGGCACGCAGAUGUGUCGGAUCGGGUUUUGCGACGAGCAGAACUACUACUUCCACCGCGCCAACUACCCCGUCGUGGCACCCCCGGCCGGCACCCGGUACGACAACAGCUUUCAGCAGGCCUCCUGCUGGCCACGGUGCACGCAGACCGGCGUUUGCGCAGCCGAAAACGGACUGUUUUACAGUCUGAAGGACGCGUCUGAGCCCUGGCACUCCGUGGCCACCACGCCCGCGGAUUUCCGGUCGAUCUGCUGCUACACUGGCUGUCGGCAACUCGCCGCGGCGGAGAAAAAGCGGUUUGCGUUGACGGAGCAAGAGUGGGUCGCGAUCAUGAUUCACCCGGACAUGCGGGCAGGUGGUCCGGGAUACCAGUAUGGGUCCUGCGCGACUGAGUACGAGGGGAGUGUGACCCAAAACACCGGUCUCGCAACGUUCAUCUGCAAUUUGGCCGACACGCCGAUCGCCAUCGGAAACAGCUGCAACCACUGGAAGUGCAAGUGCACGGGUGGCUUGCGCAACCAGGACUUCUCCACCUGCCCGGGCUACAAUGUGGAAAAUUGCGGCAAGUGCUACAACGCCAAGUACAAGCCACGCGUGGUGGACUCGAUUGUUAGCCCCACAGGAAAAGAGACCCAGUGUUGGCGCUACUGCGAGGCGAUCACCUGCAGCGACUUUGACGACCCGGCUACAAGCACUUACUUCCGGCCGAGGCUGGAAAACUUAGGCUCUCCGCACGGGCUGAGUGGGAAGCGAGUGGAGUUUUGCUCGGACCGGACGGGCACGGACGCGAAUUGCCGGGAUUCCUGCUGCGUGCAGAGCUGCCGCAAACCCAGCUCCACGGUGGUGCAGAACAUUUUCACCGUCACGCCCUCGUGGGACGAGCUGGUGCAAUCUCCGGCCUUGUAUCCGGGGUACGACGCCUGGACCACCAGUAGCGAGUUGAGCUACACCGGACCCGUGACGACCACGUCGACCACCAGCACUACAAGUUACUGGAACAAAACGCAUUUAGUAUCCUGAAAAUUAUGCUGCGAGUCACAGAGGCAGAUCACAGGGGACUCGUUUAGGGCUCCUUUUUCGACUUAAAUAUCUUCAAAUAACUUUUCGCCAAAAUGAUCUUUGUCUUGCAGUCUGUAAGCUGUACUAGGAAAGCGAUGCGUUUGUGUGCCAUACCAGCACAAGCUCGACAACUUUCACCCAGACCACCUCAACGAGUACCACCUCAACCACUUCCACGACCACCACCACGACAACGUCCACGACUACUUAUCAGAGGAAAAUCAACAAAGAGGUCUUGAACAGAAGAAAACACCUAAGUAUUUCUCUGGUGGUCUAUGCGGCUCUCAUCCUGUUCAAACCAAGAAAAUCAAAAGUACUGCGUCGCCAUGGUUUUUCAGACAAUGACCACGUUUGUUUUGAUACUUGUCGGCAGUUUCACAACGCGCUAUCCCGAACUGUCGGAAGGCUAGUACGUGCGAGCGAGACAAAGUGCAGCACUGAUGCAUGCUCAAAAUGCGCAAUAAAAAGCUUAGACGUUUGAUGUUCCUGCAGGAAAGCAUUUUCCUCAUCUCCAUACACGUACAACCGUUACCACCUCGUAUCACGAGGAACUAAAGCUUGGGUCCCCCAACCUCCAGUUGAAAAAUACUCUGGGCGGAUAAAAGUUUCUUAGCACCAAAAUACCGAGUUUAAGUGCGCGGCAGGGUGAAAAGAAACGAACAGGUGUGGCUCGACGUGCAGUAUACAGGAAAUUUAUUUUUUGCAUUGCUCUUCAUCCUGAAUGUACAGGUACUCGCGCAGCACUCAUGGUGGAAGUGUAGUGCACAGUACUAAAAUCAUUAACCUUCGUGACAGUGAAGCACGUAAAAGAACCAACAUCAGUUGGAGUAUCGUGUGGGACUGGGUUUUUUUUCCGCCUGAUACAUCGACCACGACUACCACAACUACGGAGACCAUAAUGCGGGCUUUUGA